AUGAUUCAAAAAUAUCGCUAUUGGUGUCCGCCUCCAUGGGAUGGGCCUGUAGGUCCGCUGGGACCGCCCGGUCCUCCUGGACCUCCGGGGCCGCCUGGUGAGCCAGGAGUGCCGGGAGUGCCGGGAGUGCCGGGAGUGCCGGGAGUGCCUGGUGAACCUGGUUUGCCUGGAGAAAAAAUAAACAGGUUUUUUGAAGGUCCGCUGGGACCGCCCGGUCCUCCUGGACCUCCGGGGCCGCCUGGUGAGCCAGGAGUGCCGGGAGUGCCGGGAGUGCCGGGAGUGCCUGGUGAACCUGGUUUGCCUGGGUAG